AUGGGAUUUGGUUUAAGGGGAAUUGGAUUUGGAUUAAGGGGAUGGGAUUUGGUUGGGGGGUUGGGGGGGUUUGGGUUUGUGGGGGGAUUACCUCAACAUCAACCAUUACCUGCUCAUAUGAUACCAUUCUCUCCGCUACUAUAUCAGUAUCAAUUUGCAAUGGCUCAAGCGGCUGGAGGAAAAGUUCCGGUUGCUGCAGCUGCUGCAAAUAUUGUUGAAUUACAGCGACAAGCUGCUGAUAUUCAAAGACAAUAUUUAUUAGAUAUGAUUCCUUCGCCUAACACAAGACAUAGUAUGAAUAAUUGGAAAACAUGA